AUGGCGGCCGCAGUCGACGUGGGCCUGCCUAAGGCGGAGCCCACGGGCUUGGGGGGGGAGGCCAGCGAUGUCCCCCUAAACCCGCCGACGAAGCACGGCCUGGCCGAGAGGACGCAGUGGAAGGGGCGAGAUGGUCGCGUCCGGGGGCGGUCACCAUGCUGGCAGAUCGCCCCGUCGCUCCUGGAGGACGCCACGAUCGCCGACCUGAUGAGGGCGUCCCAGGCCGGGAGGUCGCUCCUUCCGAGGAGCCUGAGCGGGCGUAUCGGCGACCACUCCGCGAGGGCGUUCUUCGAGGCGAAGGAACCCUUCCGUCUGGAGUGCGCCCUCGUGCUGGCCGUGGUCCACGGCGGUAGCGCCUGGCACCGGAGUUUCUGGCUGAACCAGAGGGCCAACGAGAGGGCCCUGGCGGACCUGUUCGGGCUGAUGGACGGGAUCACGUCGGAGGACGGCCAUGUCUCGCAGGAAGAGUUCCACGCAUUCUGCACCUCCCACGGCGACCUCAUCAGGGAGAUGCCCGAGCACUUCCACGGCCUGCUCUACGAGGACGUCAGGCGCAAGGCGUUCAGGCUCUUCGACACGGACAACAGCGGAGGUUUCAGCAAGGAGGAAUUCGAUACAUACUUCUAUUGCGUGGAGCGUGAAUACUUCAAGUACCUGACACGGGCUGCACAUCUAUCUUUCUGUAGUUUCUGGGGCAGGGGGCUGCUCACGCCCGCGGUUCAAGGAGGCCAGACCGAGGAUGAUGGAGGGGUGGAGCUCUCGAUGUUGAAGGCGCUGGUACGAAGCUUCAGCGGGGAAUCAGUGGACGCAUCCGCGAGUUCCCCGUACGCGGAGUUGAGCCAGCCAGAGUUUGCGAAUCCAGACCUGACUACAAGGCCAGCGACCCCCUUGCGGAAGUAUUUUUAUAUUUGCCGCAGGGCGGAGGAUAUGUUUCCUCGAGGUUAUUGGAAAGACUUUUAUUACUACUCGUCGAACAACCAUCCACUCCAAGGAAUUUUCGUGUGCGACAGGUUCCAUCCAUUUGAUUGGAAAGAGAGGACAAUGUUGGAGCUCAGCACCUGGUGUUCAAGCUACGUCGUGCUCUAUCUAAUUGCGACCCCAAAGAUUUACCACAUUGUCGUUGGCGCACAUGGCGCGCGUUUCGUGAACCGUCACUUGUUCAACUUGAUGUUCGCCACAUUGCCCGGCAUGGCGUGGUAUUUUCUAUUAUAUAUUUUCUAUACUGUGCCCUGCGGGCAAAUAGACGAGUCGAAGACCAGCGUAGCGGAAGCUAACAGGAAAGCCAAGGUACGAUUGAUGGGCGAGUUCGCCGCCCAUGCACUUGUUAUCAUGUCGUUCAUUCUACCAUUUGCCUGCGGCCUGCUCGACGACGACACAAGGCAGCGUGCGCAGACACAUGACAGUUACAGCGAAUUGUUGGUUGCUGUUAUGUCUGGCCGUCUCAAAGCGUACAUCAUUGCUUGGCUGGUGAUGUUCUUCGUGUAUUUCAAUCCGCUUGUGGCAGUUGGCGAUCCCAAUCCUCUGGGGGAGAAAACGUUGAUGAGCAAGCUUGUCGACGGCUUGGCCCUGGGACAGUGGAGAAUGGAGCAGAUGAGAUUCAAGGCCUUGUGUGUGCACGGUCUCUGGCAGCUGGAGAGGCAGCUCGAUAAAACGGACAUCGAGCCCGCGUGA